AUGAUGUUUGCUUCAAAAUCCAGUUCUGUAUCCCCUUCUCCAUCCAUGGAGCAGGCAGAUUCCGAUGCUCUGGACAUCAGCACCAAAGUGCAGCUUUACGGCGUGCUCUGGAAGAGACCCUUUGGGAGGCAGUCGGCCAAAUGGUCCAGGAGGUUCUUCAUCAUUAAGGAAAGUUUCCUGCUCUACUAUGCUGAGAGUGAGAAGAAGAGUUUUGAAAGCAAUAAAUACUUCAAUAUCCAUCCCAAGGGUGUCAUACCCUUGGGAGGCUGCAUUGUGGAGCCCAAAGAGGAGCCCAACAUGCCUUAUGCCAUAAAGAUCUCUCAUGAAGACUUCCAUGGUAACAUUGUUCUAGCAGCCGAAUCAGAGUUUGAGCAGGCUCAGUGGCUGGAGAUGCUACAGGAGUCUGGAAAAGUGACCUGGAAGAAUGCUCAGCUGGGAGAAGCCAUGAUUGAGAGCCUGGAAGCACAAGGACUGCAGCUGGCCAAGGAGAAACAGGAAUAUUUAGAUAAGCUAAUGGAAGAAACAGAAGAGCUGUGCCUGCAGAGGGAGCAAAAAGAGGAGCUCGAGCGUCUGAACCAGGUGCUGGAAGCAGAGAAGCACCAGUUUGAAGAGGUGGUACGGGAGCUGCGGCUGGAGCAGGAACAGAUCAGACGGGAGCUAGAGCUCACAGCCCGCUCCCUUAAAGGAGUGGAGGAAGAAAAGAAAGAGUUGCGAAGCCUGACACAGUCCUUACAGAAAACUCUAGAGGAGCUAUCCCUAGAAAAGCAGCAAAUGCUGGAGAUGCUGGAAGAAAAUGAGAGCCAUCUCCCACCUCCAACCAGCCCCAGGAAGGAGCAAAACCCCAUCUGGGGACUGCACUGCAGCCUGCAACAGAUUGAAGAGAAGAUGCAGCAACUUCUAGAGGAGAAACUCUUGGCAGAGAAGAGGAUGAAGGAGAAUGAGGAGAGGUCCCGAGCACUGGAGGAGGAGCGGGAGUUUUACUCGUCCCAGUCACAAGCAUUGCAGAACUCACUCACAGAGCUGACUGCAGAGAAGCAGCAGACAGAGCGAGACCUCAAGGCUGAGGUGAAAGUGCGCAUGGAUCUGGAGAAGAGGCUGAGAGAAGCUGAGGAAGCAUUGCAGAGCUUGGAGCAAGGUUUAGAUUCCCUGGAUUGCAACAAGGAGAAAGAGGAGAAGAUGAAAGCAGAUGUCAGUAACUUGAGAAAGUUCUUUGAAGAGUGCAUCCGCAAUGCUGAGCUGGAAGCCAAGAUGCCUGUGAUCAUGAAGAACUCUGUGUACAUCCAUAAGGCUGCCACUCGUCGCAUAAAGAGCUGCCGCUUCCACCGCCGAAGAGCUAGUACUUCGUGGAAUGACUUGAAGCAGUCCCAGUCCUUCAUCUUCUCGCAUGCAGAAGCUGAAAACAUUGAGGAGCUGAAAGAAGCAGCCAAAAGACUGAGCCGGGACCAGCACUUCAGGCAAACUCUCUAUCAAAUAAUGAGGUCGCAAAAGGAUUCUGCUUCAGGGGAUGAAAAGUGACUCUUGCUGGGAGGGGUCUUCUGAUCUCAAUUUGCCAUUCAGCUCUGCAGAAGUCAUGCCAUUGGGUACUAGGGUCAGAGGGGAGAUUUGCCUUUUGGUGGGGAAGGUGAGGGAAAGUUGUGAGUAGGCAAUUCCCUCAGGUAGUGGCUUUGCUUUAGUUUGAAUGCUCCCUGUAGCCUGGCAGACCUCUGCUGGUCACUCCAGAUCUGUUUGCUUCAGCCACUUAUGUUAAGCCAUGACUUGCCAAGACACCACGGUCGGUGUUACACUGAACCACAGACCGUCGGUUAGGAAGUGCCUCUUCUUUCCUUUCCUGUCUAGUCUGUCUGCCAAACACAAGUGCUUCUGAGAAAGUCCUUUAUCAGCCAACACUCCAACUAGUGUAACCGCCCCAGCCAGACACCGCUUACCCUGUUCAGCCUGAUCCUGCCUAGGAAAUGGCUCCCGGCACACCCCCAGUCAACCAGCACCUUGGUGAGGCACAUUUCCUGGCAAAUUUCCUGAACACCGCAGCAGUCCCAGCUUCCCAAGCACAGGCAAUAAUAUCACACACAGGGCAGCCUCUUGAUGCUACACCCUUUCAAGCAAACUGUUGCAACACAAGGUGGAGACAACCUGAGGAUGCUGAGGAUUUGGCUCUGAGGAGGAUCAUGUGCAGAUUUUAUAGGUAACCCAUUGGCAUCACUGCAAGCUGGAGGGGGGUUAUGUUGUGUUGACUCUGGGCAGAACAUCCUGGGGCCACCUUUGCACUUGUUUUGUACUGGGAUGUGUGGCUGUGUCACUGCUGGAAGGAGGAACAAAGGUAUGUGCUGCAGAAGGUGUUGUCUGUGGGCAGGUUCAGUGUGGAGGAGGCUUUGACUUGGCUCCGCUGUCUUCCUCACCACUUCUGUAAAACAAGCUGGAGGACAGGCAGGUGAAGAGUGUCCAGCAACAAACCCCAUCACUGCUUGGAGAAUUAAUCACUGUGAGCAGAGAGCUGUCAGGGCUAUGGAGGUGGGGAAAAUUAUCUCUGUAUGUGCUUCAGUGAAUAGCCAGUGUCCAAGGCAUUGUAUUGCUCUCUACCAGCCUUCUUGAUUGCAAUUUAGGCUAUCUUGGUCAAACUGGGAUCUCUGGCAAGCCAAGGCUGCACUGGGAGAAGAGCUGUGGACAGCCUAUUCAGAGGUGGGCCUCUGGCUGGCCUGUGUUCUCCUUCUGAGUGCUCACUAUGUGGUUAUUGCAGGGAAGGAUUUGCCCUCAAUGUGGUCAUUCUGUAUGUUACAAGAGAGGUAUCACUUUGUGGUGGAAACCCUGCAGCCUCUCCCACCUAUUUUAAGGAAGCAGCUGACUAAUAAUUACCCUUGCUGUAGUAACAG